AUGGAUAAACUAUUGAAAUCAUGCAACGAAUGUGAAAGUGAUGUAUUGGCAAAUGUUAAAGGCAAUAUCCCAUCAUGGUUAAAUGGUCAUAUAAUCCGUAUUGGUCCAGGCAAAUGGGAUCUGGACGAUGAUUUUAAUCUUAAUCAUUGGUUAGAUGGUUGUGCAAUGUUAUGUAAAUUUACGAUAACUGAUGGAAAAAUUUAUUACAAAUCAAAGUUUCUUGAAUCUGAUGCCUAUAACAAAAUGAUAAGCGUAAAGAAACCGGUAUAUACCGAGUUUGGCACCCGUGCCUAUCCUGACCCGUGUAAGAACGUGUUCGCCCGGUUCUUCUCGCAAAUAGUUCCGAGCGAUCUCACAGACAACGGUUGUGUUGGCAUAUAUCGACUCCGGGAUGAGUAUUACGCGGCCUCAGAGACAUCAAAUGUUUGGAGAUUUGAUAGCAAUACUCUCUCAGCCAAAGAAAAAAUAAAUUUGGAUAAAGUAGUCGGUGUCAAUCUUGCCAGUGCUCACGUCCAAUACAUGUAUCCCGAGCCCUACUCUUAUAAUUUGACAUCAAGUUUCUUAAAGGGUCUUAAAUAUCAUAUUAUUAAAAUACCUGUCCAACAAACAAGUGAAAAACUCAGUGACAAUAAUGGUAUUUAAUUUUUUUUGUGUAUAAAUUUAGUUUUUAUAAAAUGUAUUUCUAUAGAUGAUAGUGCUUUAAAAAAUGCAUCUAUUUUGGUGACAAUACCAUCGAGUUGGACAACUUGCAUAACCUAUUAUCACAGUUACGCCAUAACUGAAAAUUAUAUUAUAUUUUUGGAGCAACCAUUACUUGUGAAUGGCUUCAAACUGGCCACUUGUACUCCAAAGGGAAAACCAUUAAAAGAUUGCUUCGAGUGGUGUCCCGAGGAAAAGACUAAAUUUUAUGUGGUCGACAAAUCAAGUGGACAUGUAGUUCAUAAAUAUCAUUCAGAAUCAAUAUUUCAUUUUCAUCACAUCAACGCAUAUGAAGACAAUAAUCAUAUUGUUUGCGAUAUCAUUACAUAUGACGACUCAUCCAUUCUCGACAAAUGGACAAUAGAUAAACUCAGAUCUAAUGAAUGGGACUCUAAUAGUCCUCCCAUUCCUCGCCGUUAUGUAUUACCGCUUCCGACUCAUGAAAAGUUUGAGUCCGGAAAAAAUUUGGUUUCUUUGGCAAACACUGAGGCAAAGGCUGAGCUCAAUGAUAAGGAAAACGUUUGGAUUAUACCCGAACAGAUAGGUUUACCCGGAUUUGAAUUACCGACUAUUAAUUAUAAACAUUUUAAUGGAAGAAAGUAUCGAUUUUGUUAUGGAAGUGGUGUUUUCGAGAGAGGACACUUCGCCAAUGCUAUAUGCAAAUUAGAUGUCAUUACUAAAGAGGCAGUCAUCUGGAAGGAGUCGGAGACACUAUAUCCGGGCGAAUGUAUGUUUAUAGGCCGACCCGAUGCUGUCGAUGAAGACGAUGGCGUCAUAUUGUGUAUUGUAUUGGACUCGGAUGAGACUAAACCACAUUUUCUUCUUAUUUUGGACGGCAAGUCAUUCAAAGAGGUGGCCAGAGCUGAAAUUUAUCGGACUCAGGCUCACGUGCCCGCAACCAUUCACGGCAUAUAUACUCAACAUUAA